CCUGGGAUCCCAAUUAUUCUAAUGUUGUUUCAUCUUGCGAGCUCCAGAACAGCACGGUCUGAGGAGGACCGGGAUGGCCUGUGGGAUGCUUGGGGCCCAUGGAGCGAGUGCUCACGCACCUGUGGUGGAGGGGCCUCCUACUCUCUGAGACGCUGCCUCAGCAGCAAGAGCUGUGAGGGAAGAAAUAUCCGAUAUAGAACAUGCAGUAAUGUGGACUGCCCACCAGAAGCAGGCGACUUCCGGGCUCAGCAAUGCUCUGCUCACAAUGAUGUCAAGCACCAUGGCCAGUUUUAUGAAUGGCUGCCUGUGUCUAAUGACCCCGACAACCCAUGUUCACUCAAAUGCCAGGCCAAAGGAACAACCCUGGUUGUGGAACUAGCACCUAAAGUCUUAGAUGGGACCCGUUGCUACACAGAAUCUUUGGAUAUGUGCAUCAGUGGUUUGUGCCAAAUUGUCGGCUGUGAUCACCAGCUGGGAAGCACCAUCAAGGAGGAUAACUGUGGAGUCUGCAACGGGGACGGUUCCACCUGCCGCCUGGUCCGAGGGCAGUAUAAAUCCCAGCUCUCCGCAACCACAUUGGAUGAUACCGUGGUUGCCAUUCCCUAUGGAAGUAGACAUAUUCGCCUCGUCUUAAAGGGACCUGAUCACUUGUAUCUGGAAACCAAAACCCUGCAGGGGGCUAAAGGUGAAAACAGUCUCAGCUCGACAGGCACCUUUCUUGUGGACAAUUCUAGUGUGGACUUCCAGAAAUUUCCGGACAAAGAGAUACUGAGAAUGACUGGACCACUCACAGCAGAUUUCAUUGUCAAGAUCCACAACUCGGGGCCCGCAGACAGCACAGUCCAGUUCAUCUUCUAUCAGCCGAUCAUCCACCGAUGGAGGGAGACAGAUUUCUUUCCUUGCUCAGCAACCUGUGGAGGAGGUUACCAGCUGACAUCGGCAGAGUGUUACGACCUUCGGAGCAACCGUGUGGUUGCUGAUCAAUACUGUCAGUAUUACCCGGAGAACAUCAAACCCAAACCCAAACUUCAAGAGUGCAACUUGGAUCCUUGCCCAGCCAGGUGGGAGGCCACCCCGUGGACCGCGUGCUCCUCCUCGUGUGGGGGGGGCAUCCAGAGCCGGGCAGUUUCCUGUGUGGAGGAGGACAUCCAGGGGCAUGUCACCUCAGUGGAAGAGUGGAAAUGCAUGUACACCCCUAAGAUGCCCAUCGUGCAGCCCUGCAACAUUUUUGACUGUCCUAAAUGGCUGGCACAGGAGUGGUCUCCGUGCACCGUGACAUGUGGCCAGGGCCUCAGGUAUCGGGUGGUCCUCUGCAUCGACCAUCGUGGAAUGCACACAGGCGGUUGUAGCCCCAAAACGAAGCCCCACAUAAAAGAGGAAUGUGUCAUACCUACUCCCUGCUAUAAACCCAAAGAGAAGCUUCCAGUAGAGGCCAAGCUUCCAUGGUACAAACAAGCUCAAGAGCUAGAAGAAGGAGCCGCUGUGUCAGAAGAGCCCUCGUUCAUCCCCGAAGCCUGGUCGGCCUGCACGGUUACCUGCGGUGUGGGGACCCAGGUGCGAAUGGUGAGGUGCCAGGUGCUCCUGUCUUUCUCUCAGUCCGUGGCUGACCUGCCUGUCGACGAGUGUGAAGGGCCCAAGCCAGCAUCCCAGCGUGCCUGUUAUGCAGGACCAUGCCACGGGGAAGUACCUGCGUUGAACCCAGAAGAGACAGAUGGCCUCUUCGGUGGCCUGCAGGAUUUUGACGAGCUGUAUGACUGGGAAUAUGAGGGCUUCACCAAGUGCUCCGAGUCAUGUGGAGGAGGUGUCCAGGAGGCUGUGGUGAGCUGCCUGAACAAACAGACACGGGAGCCUGCUGAUGAGAACCUGUGUGUGACCAGCCGCCGGCCGCCACGGCUCCUCAAGUCCUGCAGUUUGGAUCCCUGCCCGGCCAGGUGGGAAAUUGGCAAGUGGAGUCCCUGCAGUCUCACCUGUGGGGUUGGCCUGCAGACCAGAGAUGUCUUCUGCUCCCACCUCCUUUCCAGAGAGAUGAAUGAAACCGUAAUCCUGGCCGAUGAACUGUGCCGUCAGCCCAAGCCCAGCACAGUGCAAGCUUGUAACCGCUUCAACUGCCCCCCUGCCUGGUACCCUGCACAGUGGCAACCGUGUUCCCGGACCUGCGGAGGGGGCAUCCAGAAGCGUGAAGUUCUUUGCAAACAGCGCAUGGCUGACGGCAGCUUCCUGGAGCUUCCUGAGACCUUCUGUUCAGCCUCGAAACUGGCCUCCCAGCAAGCCUGCAAGAAGGAUGACUGUCCCAGUGAGUGGCUCCUCUCUGACUGGACGGAGUGUUCCACAAGCUGUGGAGAAGGCACGCAGACUCGAAGUGCCAUUUGCCGGAAGGUGCUGAAAACCGGGGUCUCGGCUAUCGUCAAUUCCUCCCUGUGCCCUCCCCUGCCCUUCUCCUCAUCCAUCAGGCCCUGCAUGCUGGCAACCUGUGCACGGCCCGGGCGGCCAUCCACCAAGCACAGCCCUCACAUCGAGGCCGCCAGGAAGAUCUACAUCCAGACCCGGCGGCAGAGGAAGCUGCACUUCGUCGUGGGGGGGUUCGCCUACCUGCUCCCCAAGACGGCAGUGGUGCUGCGCUGCCCCACGCGGCGCUUCCGCAAGCCCCUGAUCACCUGGGAGAAGGACGGCCAACACCUCAUCAGCUCGGCGCACGUCACCGUGGCCCCUUUUGGCUACCUGAAGAUCCACCGCCUCAAGCCCUCCGACGCGGGCAUCUACACCUGCUCCGCGGGACCCGCCCGGGAGCAGUUUGUCAUUAAGCUCAUUGGAGGCAACCGGAAGCUGGUGGCCCGGCCCCUGAGCCUGAGGAGCGAGGAGGAGGCCCUCGCGGUGAGGAAGGCCAGCCCGAAGGAGGCCCUGCAGCCGCACAAACACCAGAACGGCAUCUUCUCUAACGGCAGCAAGGCUGAGAAGCGGGGCCCCGCCGCUGACCCGGGCAGCCGCUACGAUGACCUUGUCUCCCGGCUGCUGGAGCAGGGGGGCUGGCCCGGGGAGCUCCUCGCCUCGUGGGAGGUGCAGGACUCCACGGAGAGGAACACGUCCUCCGAGGAGGAGCAGAACGCCGAGCAGGCCCUCUGGCACCUGCCUUUCACCAUGGUGACUGAGCAGAGGCGCCUGGACGACAUCCUCCGGAACCUCUCCCAGCAGCCCGAGGAGCUUCGAGACGUCUACAGCAAGCACCUGGUGGCCCAGCUGGCCCAGGAGAUCUUCCGCAGCCACCUGGAGCACCAGGACAUGCUGCUCAAGCCGUCUGAGCGGCGGGGACCCCCCGUGGCCAUCCCUUCUCAUAAGCACGUGUCUGGCUUCAGCAGCUCGCUCCGGACCUCGGCCGCCGGGGAGGCGGGGGGUGGCUCUCGCCGGCCCCACCGCAAGCCCACCAUCUUGCGGAAGAUCUCAGCUGCCCAGCAGCUCUCCGCCUCCGAGGUGGUCACCCACCUCGGGCAGACUGUGGCCCUGGCCAGUGGGACGCUGAGUGUGCUUCUGCACUGUGAGGCCAUAGGCAACCCAAGGCCGACCAUCAGCUGGGCCAGGAACGGAGAAGAGGUGCAGUUCAGUGACAGGAUUCUUCUGCAGCCAGAUGAUUCCUUACAGAUCCUGGCACCAGUGGAAGCUGACGUGGGUUUCUACACUUGUAACGCCACAAAUGCCUUGGGAUAUGACUCUGUCUCCAUUGCCGUCACAUUAGCAGGAAAACCACUAGUGAAGACAUCACGAGGGACUGUGAUCAACACUGAGGAGCCUGCCGUCACAGUUGAUGUGGGAAGCACCAUCAAAACAGUACAAGGAGUGAAUGUAACAAUUAACUGCCAAGUUGCAGGUGUGCCUGAAGCUGAAGUCACUUGGUUCAGGAAUAAAAGCAAACUGGGCUCCCCUCCGCAUGGGCACGAGGGCUCCUUGCUGCUCACAGACGUGUCCCCCUCAGAUCAGGGCCUGUACUCCUGCAGAGCAGCCAAUGUCCAUGGAGAGCUGACCGAGAACACGCAGCUGCUGAUCCUAGAUCCCCCCCAAGUCCCCACACGGUUGGAAGACAUCAGAGCCUUGCUUUCAGCCACUGGACCGAACCUUCCUUCAGUGCUGACGUCUCCUCUGGGAGCACAGCUGGUCCUGGAUCCUGGGAAUUCUGCUCUCCUUGGCUGUCCCAUCAAAGGUCACCCUACCCCCAAUAUUACCUGGUUCCAUGGUGAUAAGCCAGUCACCACUGUCCCAGGACUGACACAUCAUAUCUUGGCAGCUGGACAGAUUCUUCAGGUUGCAAAUCUUAGUGGCGGGUCUCAAGGGGAAUUCAGCUGCCUUGCUCAGAAUGAGGCAGGAAUGCUUGUGCAGAAGGCCUCUUUAGUGAUCCAAGAUUACUGGUGGUCUGUGGACAGACUGGCAGCCUGCUCAGCCUCCUGUGGUAACAGGGGCAUUCAGCAGCCCCGCCUGAGGUGUCUCUUGAACAGCACAGAGGUCAACCCCACUCACUGUGCAGGGAAGGUGCGCCCUGCUGUGCAGCCCGUCGCCUGCAACCGGAGAGACUGUCCUUCUCGGUGGAUGGUGACCUCCUGGUCGGCCUGUACCCGGAGCUGUGGGGGAGGCGUCCAGACCCGCCGGGUGACCUGCCAGAAGCUGAAAGCCUCUGGGAUCUCCACCCCUGUGUCCAAUGAUCUGUGUACACAGCUCGCCAAACGGCCAGUAGACACCCAGGCCUGUAACCAACAGCUCUGCGUGGAGUGGGCCUUCUCCAGCUGGGGCCAGUGCAACGGGCCCUGCAUCGGUCCUCACCUAGCCGUGCAACACAGACAAGUGUUCUGCCAAACACAGGACGGCAUCACUUUACCAUCAGAGCAGUGCAGUGCCCUUCCCAGGCCCGUGAGCACCCAGAACUGCUGGUCAGAAGCCUGCGGUGUACACUGGAGGGUCAGCCUGUGGAGCCUGUGCACGGCAACAUGCGGCAACUACGGCUUCCAGGCCCGGCGCGUGGAGUGUGUGCACGCCCGCACCAACAAGGCCGUGCCCGAACACCUGUGCUCCUGGGGGCCCCGGCCCGCCAACUGGCAGCGCUGCAACAUCACCCCAUGUGAAAACAUGGAGUGCAGAGAUACCACCAGGUACUGCGAGAAGGUGAAACAGCUGAAACUCUGCCAACUCAGCCCGUUCCAAUCUCGCUGCUGUGGGACUUGUGGCAAAGCGUGAAGGCGGGGCCCAGGGAGGAACUGCACCCUGGCCACACAGAGGACUCACGCCCCCACCUGGGACAGAACUUAAGCUUUCUUGGUUUAUUUAUUUAUUGCCCUCUCCCUGCCCCCCCACCACACACGCCCUCGUCCGACCUCCUCCCCCCACCCCAGACGUGAGGACCUCAGCAUGCCCUCUCUCAGUUAGCUGGAGGACAGGAAUGUCAGG